CGGUGCAGGCCCACCCUGGGGUUGACGCGAGGCUGCACAAUUUGAUAUCCGAAUAGUACUGCGGCAGCUUGUAACUUGUGCUGCGCCCUAUCUAACUUAGGUACGUACGGUCCUGAACUUCCCUCCCCUCGUCAGCCUUCUACCUUCCCCAUGGUCUUGACUACCGCAUGUGGGCAAUGAGUCUUGUAUGAUGGAUGCGCUGAGAAGAGAAUGUCCCUCGAUGACGAUCCCACCGAGUUCGAGGGCAUCCUGCCCGUGAUUCCCGACAACUCGCCGCCUGUCUUCAAGGACUCCAAGAGCAAUGCCACCACGGGCGCAUCUGCGGCCGGGGUGCGCGCCCUCACCGCCCAAGCCGUAGCCUUUUAUUUCCGUGCGCCUGUCAAGGCUUUCUUCAGGACGAGGGUUGACUACUUGGCUUAUGCCAGAUCAAUCAACCCGGACAUCCAGACGGGACGGUUCUCAUGGAGAAAUACGACGCCAGGACUCCUUGCCCAUGCCAUCAAGCAUUACGGGUGGCGGUUCAUCCCAGAGCAGCUGCUGCUCCCAUUGACCGCCAAUGUAGCAGUCGGAGCAGCCUUGUAUACAUCCUAUCUUCAUAUACUCGGCCGCCUCCAUGAGCCAUCUGCACAUGCAAGAAAGACGGUGUUUCCUCCUCCACCACCCACAGCGACCUUUGCUGCAGGAUUUGCCGCCGGCACGAUUCAAAGCGUUCUCGCGGCGCCGUUGGAUGCCCUCCAGGUCCGGUUUGAACGAAGAGGAGAAAAGUACCAGAACAAAACAAUGUGGCAGUAUUGCCGGGGCAAGUUGCAUGAGAUAGGGCUGCGAGGGAUUUUUGCGGGUUGGGGCAUCUCGUUCUUGAAGGACAGUUUCGGCUCCGGCAUAUUUUUCUCCACGUUCGAAUACGUCAAGGCUCAGGGAUACUAUUCGUUUGUGCGCUGGUAUUAUGGAUCCCUAGAGGGAGGCACCGUGGACAAACUGUCUCACAAGCGAGGUGGCACGGUUGCGACAAAAAGCCAUCCCACCGCGGUCAUCAGGCCUCAUUAUGCUCUCGAACCGGCGUUUCUGAUGCUCGCUGGAAUGACGGCCUCCGUUACACAACAGGUGGUUCUGUACCCGUUGUCGACGUUCCAGACGUUGCACUACGAGCGGCUGGAAGAUCUAGACAAGAAAGCCAUUCAGCUGCAUCAGUCGCCUGCGCCUGGCAGGGGCCGCAUGCUCCGGGCAUAUUACCAUGCCUAUCAGGCAACGUGGAAACAGGCACAGCAGCAGGCUGCCAGUGUCGGCGGCAUGGGUAGGUGGCUGUUCCGAGGUUUCUGGUGGUUCACCAUCCGCCAGAUUCCUAGCACCAGCGCCGCAUUGAUCAUUUUCGAAUUGGUCCGCAGGAAGUACGGUUUGGCGGGCGACGAGAUCAGAAUCACCCAGGAUGGAUACGAUGUUCUGUUGACAUAGGUUGACGAUUACAGUUCGUUGCUAUCUAAAUCAUACCUCUCUCUUCAACUAUGCCACUCGGACAGAAUCUCCCAGCAUCAAAUUGUACCGCGAUCCCAUCGCCAAUUGUCCGUCAGCGGCGUUCCUCAGACGGUGUUCUCAAUGAUCUUCAUUGUUCGUCUCCGGCUUUCUCCCCGUUGUGCUGGGCCAGGGGUGUCGUUUCCCCCUGGAUGCUCGUCGGUGGCACCCAUGGGCAACGGCGACUCCAGCCCCGCCGUGACUGUGGCAAGGCUCAGCGGCUUUCCGUCUCCUAAGUUGUUCCAAGGCAACUCGGUACUGCAGAUGAUUCAAUCCGUCGUCCGAAAGCUUGAACAGCUUCAAAUUGGCGACGUAGUCGAUCUCUCUCUCCCGCUGGGAGCCAGCACUGGAGGAAAAGAUGGACAUCUUGGGCAAAGACGUCACAGCCCUCCAGAAGAUGACCGCCCACAGCAGGACGUAUGCGAGGUCUCGGAGAAGUUGGACGACUUGGCACCAAGACAUGUUGCGGUUCGAUGACGCUGGUUGUUCUCAGACAACACGAACUGAGGAGGUGAUUCGGGUGGGUUCAAAAGAACCGGAUUGCUCUUCGAAGAGAAUGGGGUUUCCGUGUCUGCCGUCGCCGGUUGAAUUCUGCAAUCCAGAUCCACUGCUCGCUCGAAGGCAAUGUUACAACAAUUCAGCAGUUGAUAAUGGGGGAGGGGUGCCCGAUGCUCGUCGAGGCGAUAGUCUCUCUAUUCCAAGCGGACAUGCAUACAGAUUGGAUCUUGAUCGUUGGGGUUGUGGACAAUUAUGCCGGCGCCGCUUGGUUGAUUCCGGGCUCUCAGUGAUUGUCUGGCUGCGUCGAGUUGGACUGGAAAGAGACAAAUGGUGGAGCAACAGAGAGAUAAAGAGACAGAAUCAAAGGUCCAAGCAGCCGGCAGGCGACGAGCUCAUUCCCUCCUCUCCGACACUGUGGUUCAACGAGAAAGAUAGAAGUUCACCCUCCACUCCAGUUCAAACAACAUCCACAACAAACUUGGCUAUGAAAAAGACACGCCCUCACAACGAAACAGAUAUAUCAUCGACUGAAGAGACCCGCGUUGCGCUAUGCGUUCGUGAGUGGGCAAGAGCAUUUCUGCAGUAAGAGUUGAGUCAAGUGGUGCAGGAAACACAGGUCAGAUAUAGUUAUGGCUGAUGUGCAAGGUGUACCAGUAGUAGCAUUGUAGGUCCUCGUGGAGGAUAGCCUUUCUUUUCUGCCAUCUCUUUUCUACGCGUUCUUCUGUGGUCACGAGAGAAAAAUGAUGGCGCCGACAUUUUCUCUGGUUCCUGAUGCUUUUGUGUUUAUAUGUGGAUGGUAAGCUUUAUAUUUAUCUGGAACGCGCGCUCGGAACAGGUAGAGACUCGGAGGGUCCGCCAGACAAGGCUGAGCCGCUGAAGGAAGACAAGGCUUUCAGUUCUUGGGUGAAUGCUUGGGCGUCCCCUACAAUGCAGGUAGGUAUCUAAAGAUAGCUCCUUUGACCUGGGCCUUCGUACUGUUUCUUCACUACUGGUAUGGGUUGAUUCCGGGGUGGUGCAGUGAGGAUGCUUUUUCAGAGGAGUAAUACUAUGUCAGUGCGUAGCGAUCCUUCGGUCGUCGCGAAUCGUUAUUAUAAUCGUG